AACUUCCAAAGCCUUGAUAAUGUUUAGUUGCCCCCAUAGGAAUGGAAAAGAAGAAAACCUUCUAAACCCCUGCCCUGGUUAUCUUGCCUUUAACAAUGGCUCACACCAGACUUAAAAUUCCAAUUCUCUCAACUAUCACUACAACUGCUAUUAAAUUCUCGAACUCAUCAUUGCUUCAUGGUUAUCGCCGCCAUAUCUGCCACUGUUCAUCACCCGUAUCUAUUUCUCAAAAUCAACAACGACAACCGCAAAUCAGGAGCCCUCAACUCGUCGCAUUGGAGUAUGCUGAUCUUAGCAUUCCGUAUAUUGUGUGUGAGGAGUUAGGUGCUACUAGGGUGAGGCAACAUGUUAAUCCUCUUAGCUCUACUUUAUCAAUUCCUGUUGAAGUGCCAAAUUGGAAUGAUGUAUUUGAAGACCCAAAGUUGCCUCUAGUUGUUGAUGUAGGAAGUGGUAGUGGCAGAUUUCUCAUGUGGCUUGCUAAGAGAAAUCAUGGUUCCAAGAACUAUAUGGGGCUUGAGAUACGAAAAAAGUUGGUUACACGUGCUGAAAAAUGGGCGAAAGAGCUGUCUCUUAGUAAUAUACAUUUUGUGUUUGCAAAUGCCACAAUAUCCUUCAAGGAGCUCAUUUCCACAUAUCCUGGGCCUUUGAUGUUUGUUUCAAUAUUGUGUCCAGAUCCUCAUUUCAAGAAAAGACACCACAAAAGAAGGAUUGUGCAAAAGCCUCUUGUGGAAGCAAUUACCGAUAGUUUAAUGCCUGGUGGACAGGUGUUUAUACAGUCGGAUGUGCUUGAAGUUGCAGUUGACAUGCGGAAUUAUUUUGAUGCUGAGUCAGCAAAGGUUGUGUUUGAAUCGGAUUUGGCUUGUGACAAUGAAGGAUGGUUGUUAAGUAAUCCAAUGGGGAUUCGAACUGAAAGAGAGAUUCAUGCAGAAUUUGAAGGUGCAAAGAUUUAUAGAAGAAUUUAUCGAAAACUAUCGUAGUUUUUUUUUACAAAUGGAAAAAUCAAUAUGUGUUAUUUGCACUUUGCAGAAUGAUAGAUAAAAUUAGAUAAAAAUUGUACCAUUGAUGUAUGUUUUUUCCUUAUUGAUUAAGUUAAAGGUUUCUAAGGUAGCAAUGUAGUUUCAUUUA